GUUUUUUGAGAAACACUUUGGUCAAAUCAAUGAUCUAAAAUGCUAUCUACAAUGGGCAUUUGGACUCAACUGAGCCUGACAAUUUUAAUCUGGAUGACGGUAGGCGUUCACGAUGCCAAUCCUACAGCUUGCUCUCCAGGUUGGUACAACUGGCGUGACUCAUGCUACAUUGCGCUGAAGGAGAAGCUUACUUGGUUCGAUGCUUUGACAGCUUGUCAACGUCUGGGCGGAAGUCUUCUGCUGCCUAACUCAAGAGAGGAACACAAGUUCAUUAUGAAGAUACGAAACCAAGCGUUCAGUGAGUUCAGAAAUAGACCACUUUGGAUUGGAUGUGACAUCGUCAACAAUAAUCUACGGUGCGUUGGAGAACAAAGUGAAAACAACGUGUACACUAACUGGUACAGCGGACAUCCCAAAAAGUCUGGACAUUUCUGCGUUUCCAAGGGUGGAUGGGGAGAUGGUUAUCAGAAGUCUGAAAGCUGCACCAUCAAUAAAUUUGCCAUAUGCGAAAUGCCUCGCCUUGCCUCGACUUACUGCACAUCGCUCAGACCGGACGGCCGCAUGGCGAGGUGGUGUCUGCACGGAUAUGAGAUAAAGAACGUAACGGUCAAGGCAGUCAGCGAGUGUGGUCAGGCCUGCUGGGCCGAGCCACAAUGCCGCUCCUUCAAUCUCUGGCAGGGAGGUCUGGCCAAGACCUGCCAACUCAACAGGGCAACGCGCAACGAGGUAAGCUCCGAUGCCUUCUGUGAGCAAGGACUGUGCACUUACUUCGAUCUGGAAGAAAGUUGUUAGGUAACAUGAACGCAUUUUAGUCCACACACACUGUUGCAAAUGUGCUCCACACCCCAGGAUAUUUCGGUGCCGAUCAUAAUUUCAACUAGCAUUGAAGCUUUUUUGUAAUUAAUUCUUCAAUCGCAAAAGUCGCAAAUAGAACUUUAGUGGAAAACAGAUGGCGAUAGGAUUACUAUUGAAACUUUGAUUUCAACAGCCCUCUAAAUAGGUUACGAAUUCCAUUUUUGAACAAAGUGCAAAGACGUCCACUUUAUGUAUUGAAAAUGGAAAAUCAUUUAACGAGGUAAUCCUAGCAAUAUAAAAUUGAUCAUUUCGUUUUGCAGAGCUUCAAAGUAAAACAUGUCUACUUAAUGUUUUAUUUAUGGUGAUUAAGGCGUUAGACUUCAAGUACCUAACUAGAUAAAAAAAGGUUUGUCAAAAUCGUCAGGCACACUUGGGCGAGAACGGAAUUUUAAGUUAGAACAAUAAUUUUACAGUUAAAUACAGACCUAUAGAUGUUAAAAACGCUGCUCUUGAAUUUGGCCAGUUUUUCAACCAAGGUGCCUGAUCAGUUUGAUACUUAACUUUUUUAAUAUCAGGCCUUCAAAAUAAAAGUGAUCAAGAUUUCAGCACGAAAAACACGAGAAACAUAAGAAAAAAACGUAGUCAAUGAAAAUCAUACUCACUUCAUUUUUGCUUCUUAGCUUCGCACAAUUUCGUCUAGUUUUGACGCACCAUCACGUACUCCCACUUGAGCAAUUUUUAUUUCAAUCACGUAACAAACUGUAAUUUUUCUUGCUUCUAUUUGAUAAAAUGUAAACUUAUUAUUGCUAAAAAGGCUGCUUCAGAAGAGUGUUCAGUUAGUUGUGUUAGUUAUUUGCAGUCUUAAGACUGAUGACAGAUUCCAGCUGUGAACUGAUUCAUGAUAGCAGAGGCGUUGUGGUGCAUGAUUUGGAAAAGAAUGAUUUCUAAUUUCAGAAGUGCUUGCAUGAAAUAAAACUAGAGUAACACGCUCAUUUUGCUCAGUCGUGUCAUAUUGCUUGGUCAAUCCUAUAGCAUUGGUCUAAAUGUUUGAGAAACUUUACAAUUAGCCUAUUGCUGUUUCAUUUA